AUGCUCCUUCCCAACCGUGCGCGGCGACGAUACCGCCCCUGGCCUUCUCAUAGCCUGGGGCCGUCCCCGGGCGACGUCACCAUCAUCACCGUCCCAGCCCCGAAGCCCUGGUCCCCUCCCCAGCCGCCCCCGCCCCCCACCCCCGACCUGAUCGGCUACACGGUGACCUGUGCUGAGACCGGGGAGGCGCUGGGCAGCGUCCACUCCCUGCACCCCGGCCAGGGCCAGCCCAUGCUGACGGUGCGUGGCGUGACCGGGGCAUCGGCCGCCGCCUCGCGCCUGCUCCCCCACGGCACGCCUGUGGAGCACCUGGUGCCCUGGGUGCCCUCCAUCGUGGCGCGCGUGGACCACGCCGGUCGCCCGUCAAAGGCCGGGUACUGGUACAACCAGGUGACGGGGCGGGUGUCGCGCGAGGCGCCGGAGCUGCCGACCCUGAUCGCGCUGGCCGAUGAUGGGAGCGAAGUGCUGGCCGAGCCGCGGGAGGACGUGGUCAUGCCUUCGCGCGGACACCUGCUGGCGGCGGGGCGGUACGACCUGCACUACGCCGCCGUCAUGCGUGGCGGCGGGUUUUCCGCCACGGCCGCCAGGCUGGGUCUCAGGCCCCGCAGGCAGGGCAGGGGCCAGUGGCACGGCCUGGGCGCGGCGGUGGCGGAGUUCCGGGCCUUCAUGGCGGGGCUGGGGGGCGACGCCGCCCGCGUGCUCCCCAGCCAGGCUGAGCUGCUGGCCGGGGGGCGGCGCGACCUCGUCUACGCGCUGCAAAAGUAUGGGUCGGCCCCGCUGGCGGCCGCGCUGGGGGUGGCCAGGAGGAGCCGGGGCCGGGGCCUGGUCCCCCCACAGGCGCCGUGGGCGGAGGAGGGGUGA